UGCUUUGGUGUAGUAACAAACCUCUCCCAAAUCUCUGUCCAUACAAAACCUUGUUUUGCAAUAGAAUAUUCUCACCCCCCUCCCCCCCCCUUCUCUCCUUUCUUCCUCACCCUUUUCUCUCUCCAAGACCUAACUCUUGUAUCUCUUAACGUCCCUUGAUUGAAAGCUAAGUCUCUCUGACACUUCCUGAAAACUUGUUGCUUCGGAACGCAGCAACAUUUCCCAUUCCUCUGCCGAGUGCCAAUGCAAUCAUUUGGACCAUUCUUCUUCUUCUGCUGCUGCUGCUGAUCUCUCUAUAUUAGCUCAAUGUGGGUUUCUUUUCUUCUGGGCUGAUUUGAGUUUUGUUGGAUCUUGGAACGACAAUGGCGUUGUUUAGGAAGUUUUUUUAUCGAAAGCCGCCUGAUGGGCUUUUGGAGAUCUCUGAAAGGGUUUAUGUUUUUGAUUGCUGCUUUUCAAAGGACAUUUGGGAAGACGAUGAAUAUAAAAUCUACAUUGGAGACAUUGUGGGUCAACUCCGUGAUCAUUUUCCUGAUGCUUCAUUCAUGGUGUUUAACUUCCGAGAAGGAGAGUACCAAAGUCUGAUUGCUAGCAUAUUGUCCGAGUAUGAUAUGACUGUAAUGGACUAUCCUCGUCAAUAUGAAGGUUGCCCAUUACUCACAAUGGAAAUGGUCCAUCACUUCUUGAGAUCAAGUGAAAGCUGGCUCUCACUUGGGCAACAAAAUGUGAUCUUAAUGCAUUGUGAACAAGGUGGGUGGCCAGUUUUGGCAUUUAUGCUUGCUGCUCUCUUGAUAUAUAGGAAGCAGUUCACUGGCGAGCAGAAAACAUUAGACAUGACCUAUAAGCAAGCGCCUCGUGAGCUUUUGCAGUUGAUGUCCCCCCUGAAUCCACUACCCUCUCAACUAAGGUAUCUUCAGUACGUCUCUAGGAGAAAUUUGGGCUCAGAAUGGCCUCCAGCAGAUAGGGCCCUUACAUUAGACUGUAUUAUUAUAAGAUAUAUUCCAAAUAUGGAUGGAGAGGGGGGCUGCCGACCAAUAUUUAGGAUAUAUGGACAGGAUCCUUUUAUGGCUGCUGACAGGACUCCCAAAGUUCUGUUCUCUACACCAAAGAAGAGUAAACUUGUUCGGUAUUACAAGCAGGUGGAUUGCGAACUAGUUAAAAUUGACAUCCAUUGCCAUGUUCUGGGUGAUGUUGUGCUCGAAUGUAUUAGUUUGGAUAGUGAUCAGGAGCGAGAAUCAAUGAUGUUCAGGGUCAUGUUUAAUACGGCCUUUAUAAGAUCAAACAUUUUGAUGCUUAAUCGUGAAGAAAUUGACAUCUUAUGGAAUGCUAAGGACCUAUUCCCAAAGGACUUUAGAGCAGAGGUUAUCUUCUCAGAGAUGGAUGUUGCAACUUCUGUUAUGUCAAUUGAUUUGCCGGGUAUAGAAGAGAAAGAUGGUCUUCCCAUGGAAGCUUUUGCUAAAGUUCAAGAGAUUUUCAGCAAUGUUGAUUGGCCAUCUCCAAAGAGAGAUGUAGCAAAUAUGCUUCAGCAUAUCUCAGUAUCAAAUAAACUACAAGAAAAUUCAGAGACAGGUUGCUCCAAGGGUAUGGAAAGAGCCAGUGUCUUGCAUGAUAAUGAAGUUAAGGAGAAAUCAAAAGUACAGGCAUCAGAACACCUGAUCACAAGUCCAACAUCCACUGCUUUGGAGAAACAAUCUACAUUCUCUGUUAAACCAUCUUUGGAUGCAAAUUCAACUAGAAAGAAGUUUGAACCCCAAGAAGUCCAGGUUGCUCCCCAACAGCCUGCACAAUCUAUACCAUCUUCUGAAUCAUCCUCAGAUCCAAGCCCAAUGGAGGCGCUAACUGAAUUGCAUGAACUUCGAGUUGCUCCUCAAGAACCACAACAUUCCAAGAAGUCUAGUAAAACAUCCCCAGAAGCCAAUUCAAUUAGAAGGAAAGUGGAAACCCAAGAGCUUCAAAUCGCACUUCAACAGCCAGCACAAUCUAUAUCAUCUUUCAAACCAACCCUGGAUGUAAAUUCAAUCAGAAAGAAAAUUGAACCUCAAGAACUUCAGGUUGCUCUUCAACGGCCUGCACAGCCUAAGAUCAUAUCCCAGCGAGUACCUCAGUCUUCAAUCUCUGUUCCAGUUUCAUAUUGCAAUUCCUUGCAAGGUUCACCCGUGCCAAUAUCAAGAUACCAUAGUGCACCUUCAGCCCUUGGCAUUACAGCUCUAUUGCAUGAUCAUGUUGUAUCUAAAAGUGAAGAAUGCAUUCAUCCUGUGACAUUACCUUUAUCUUCCUCAGCUAUUUCAUCUCCUCUACCAAAUACACCUAAACCUCUGCAGCUGAGUCUUGCAAUUACUACUGCUACUGCUUCACCUGGUGCACAAUCUUCCAGUGAAGCUCCCCUGAUAACAAAAGCUUCGUCAAGUCUUUCAGCUCUAGCGACCUCAAAAGCAACACAUACUGAACAACCUGGAACCACAUCGCUAGCUAGAGGUCGGUCAUCAUUUGUUCCUCCCCCUUCUCCAUUGCCUUCUCUUUCUGGAGCGUCUUUGGAAAUGGAGAAGUCCAAUUCAACCUCAUUUCCCUCUUAUCUACCCCCUUCUUCUCUGGAGGUAUCUCCUUCACCUGCAGCCAAGAAGUUCCGGUCGCCCCCACCCCCACCCCCUCCUCCACCUUCCUCAUUUUCAGGGGCAUCUCCAUCUCCCUUGGUUACAAACUCACUCCAAUCUCCCCGUCCCCCUCCUACCCCUCCUCCUGUUUCUAGCAAAUCUCCUCCUAUGGUCAAGAACUCACUACAAUCUCUUCCUCCUCCCCCUCCCCUGCCUUCCUCUUUGAGUGCAUCUCUAUCUGCCACAGUCAAGAACUUGUUCCAGUCACCCCCUCCUCCACCCCCACCUCCUUCAUUCUCAGGAAUAUCUCCAUCUUCUACCAUUAAAAUUUCGUGUCCAGCCCCUCCUCCUCCUCCACCUCCUACCAUUGCUUCCUCAGUCACCAGCUCUAUUUCUUCUCCAUCACAAUCUCGGACAUCAGGACCUCCUCCACCACCUCCACCUCCCCUACAUUCUGGACCUGUCUUAGAUCCUACUAGUAAAGCCUCAGUGCCACAGCCACCCCCUCCUCCUAGUCUUGCCCCGAAGGGUCCUUCAUCAAACAAAGCUGCUCAUGUUCCGCCUGUGCCACCUCCUCCAGCUCCUUGUGCCAAAGGUUUAUCUAAAGCAGGUGGUACCUCUCCACAGUCACACUCAGUAAGUAAUGGCAAUAUACCUUCAAUUCCUGGACCACCUUCUGGUGCUCCUUUGAAUUUGAAGGGACGGGGCAUAUCACGUAUAGGUUCCAAAACUCAGGCUCCCAGAAAGACCAACUUGAAGCCAUAUCAUUGGUUAAAGUUAUCAAGGGCUAUGCAAGGAAGCUUAUGGGCUGAGGCACAAAAACCUGAGGAAGCUUCCAAGGCUCCAGAAUUUGACAUGUCAGAACUUGAGAGUCUUUUCUCUGCGGCUGCACCAAAUUCAGAUAAUAGUAUCGGGGAUGGGAAAUCAAAUCGCCGUGCCUCAGGCCGUAAAUCUGAGAAAGUACAGCUGAUUGAGCUUAGGCGGGCAUAUAAUUGUGAAAUCAUGCUCACUAAAGUUAAAAUUCCUUUGCCUGAUUUGAUGAGUUCAGUCCUUGCCUUAGACGAUACGGCAUUAGAUGCUGAUCAGGUUGAGAACCUUAUUAAAUUUUGUCCUACAAAAGAAGAGAUGGAAUUACUCAAGGGUUAUAAUGGUGAUAAGGAAAACUUGGGAAAAUGUGAACAGUUUUUCCUAGAACUGAUGAAAGUGCCACGAGUAGAGUCGAAGCUAAGAGUUUUCUCAUUCAAGAUACAAUUCUGUUCCCAGGUUUCUGAUCUUAGAAAGAGUUUGAAUAUUGUAAACUCUGCAGCUGAAGAAGUGAGGAAUUCGGUCAAAUUGAAAAGGAUCAUGCAAACUAUUCUUUCUCUGGGAAAUGCUUUGAAUCAUGGAACCGCAAGGGGUUCUGCUAUUGGUUUUCGGUUGGAUAGUCUACUCAAACUCACUGACACACGAGCUCGGAAUAACAAGAUGACUCUCAUGCAUUAUCUUUGUAAGGUGCUGGUCGAAAAGUUACCAGAAUUACUAGAUUUUCCAAAAGACCUUGUGACUUUGGAAUCUUCAACAAAGAUACAAUUGAAAUGUUUGGCAGAGGAAAUGCAAGCAAUUAGUAAAGGGUUGGAGAAAGUUGUACAAGAACUGACUGCCUCAGAAAAUGAUGGUGGCGUGUCUGAAACUUUUUGCAGGACCUUAAAGGAGUUCCUUAGUUUUGCUGAAGGUGAAGUCAGGUCUUUGGCUUCACUUUAUUCCAGUGUGGGUAGAAAUGCAGAUGCCUUGGCUCUUUAUUUUGGAGAAGAUCCAGCACGUUGCCCAUUCGAGCAAGUUGUGUCUACCCUGCUCAACUUUGUGAGGAUGUUUGUCCGAGCACAUGACGAAAACUGCAAGCAGCUUGAAUUGGAAAAGAAGAAAGCACUGAAGGAGGCAGAAAAUGAGAAGCUGAAAAUUAGUACUCCCCCAAAGGAGUCCGAACACUUGAUACGAAGUCCAAUCAAGAGUGCCAAUGUUCAAUGAUAGACGCUCAUAAGCUCCAUAUUCCUAUUAAUUAACAUGACAUUCUCCCAUAUGAAAUAAGUACGGUUUUGCUCCAUGGAGUGAAUACCCUUGGAAGCCUGGAGCGUGAAUUACAACUGCCAACAUUUUUAUCACUGUCAUGAAGAAGAAUGUCUCACAUAUAAUCUGACAGCAAGAAUAAGGAGUUAUAAAUUAAAAUGCAGGUGGUGCACGGUGGCGCCAAAUACCAAUUUCAGAUUGUAAGGCUAUUCUAACUGCAUUCUGGUUUUGGACAUUUAUGUUGUUGCUGAGUUCUGUAUCUGCCAAUUCAUUCUUUAACAUGCCUUGUGGUUUUGGAGCAGUGCUGAUGGAUGAAGUUCUUUAGGUCCUCUCAAGCCACUUGUACUAUACCUCUCAAAAAUUUUGUUGUAAAAAUGUAGGAGUACAUAAUAGUUUUAUGCUCUCUUUUCAAUAUAUAUAUAUAUAUUCCUGUAAAUUUUUAGGUAUAGGAAUGUAAAUGUCAAUAUGAUAUCUAUAUCCAGAUCAAAGU